ACCAUCUCUCUCUCUCACCCUCUGCAGCCUCCUCCAUGAGCGCCAUGCUGAGCUCGCUGAGGUACCUGGCCGGCUCGUCCGGCCCGAGCGGCUACGGCUCGCGCACCACCGCCGAGGAGGCCACCCUGUACGCCGGCGACCUGAGCCACAUUACCGCCAUCGUCACCGGCGCGACCUCGGGCAUCGGCGCCGAGACGGCCCGCGUGCUCGCCCGGCGCGGCGCCCGGCUCGUGCUCCCGGCGCGCAACCUCAAGGCCGCCGAGGAGGCCCGCGCCCGCAUCCUCGCCGGCCUCGCCGUCCCGGACGGCGACCGCGUCGAGUUGCUCCCGCUUGACCUCUCCUCCCUCGGCUCCGUCCGCCGCUUCGUCGCCCGCUUCCUCGCCCUCCGCCUCCCCCUCCACCUCCUCAUAAACAACGCGGGGCAGUACGCGGAGCGGUUCGCGGUGUCGGAGGACGGCGUGGAGAUGACCUUCGCCGCCAACUACCUGGGCCACUUCCUGCUCACCAAGCUGCUGCUGCCGGCCAUGGCGGACACGGCCAGGGCCACCGGCGUGCAGGGCCGGAUCGUUGGUACGUGCAGUCUAUUUGACGGCGCCGCGAGCUCAUCCACGCCCGACGAUGCCGCGAGCUCAUCCACGGUGCCGCGAGGCUGCCCCAUCGCCGUCGCCCGUCGCCCUCCGCCCCUUAAGCCCACGCCGUCGCCCGUCGUUGUUGCCCUCUGCCCCCCGCCGCCAUCGCCGUCGCCCUCCGCCGCCCCGAGCCGUCGCCAGUCGCCCUCGCCCCCCGCCGCCGUCGCCGUCGCCCUCGCCGCCCACGCCGUCACCCCGGCCGCCCCCAAUUUGUAG